AUGAGGACCUCAGUCCUCCUCUUUGCCCUUCUCUUCUUCAUGAGCCAAGUUCUACCAGUCAGGGGCAGAUUCAAGGAAAUCUGUGAGCGCCCCAACGGAUCCUGCCGACAUAACUGCAUCUCAACCGAAGUCUACGCGGGGAGGUGUUUGGACGGCAACCCGUGCUGCCUGCCUUUGGGGAACCAACCUAGAAUCAGGGGCACAGUACCCCAGGAUCACUAA